CAGGCGCCAGGAUGACAAGCGGAAACGCCAAGACGGACGCGGCCAUCAACCGAGUGUUCGGGCUUCUCCAGGAGUGGGACAAGGGCAACAAGACGACUCGGGGGCGCAUCUUGGAGGAGUUCAUCGCCAACAACCAGGGGAAGACUGCUCCUGAGUUGGAGCUGGAGUUCGCACAGGCUGCUAGCCUCUUCCUGACCAGGCUCACCGCCUGGAUACGCCUCACUUACAUGUUAGGCACCUGUGUGAACCAGCAGCUGCAGGCCAUACAGAUCUUCCUCUCUGCUCCCAGUGGUCACAAGUACCUUGGAGAGUUCCUUGAGGUGGGCGGAGUCCUGACGGUUCUUGAGAUCCUUGGACUGAAGCAGGCGAAGGAGGCAGACAAGGCUGAGGCUCUCAAGCUUCUCCAGACCAUCUGUAACGCUGGUAGGAAGUACAAGGAGCUCAUCUGUGAGAGCUACGGCAUCCGAGCGGUUGCAGAGUGUCUAGCCCGCUCCAAGUCAGAAGAAACCCAGGAACAGUGCAGACAGCUGCUGCAGAUGCUAGCCCAAGGUAACCCUAAGUACGAGGUGCAGGUGUACAAGGGUCUGAUCGCGCUGCUCCCAGCCUCCUCUCCUAAAGCUCAGCAGAUGGCAGCUCAGACUCUCAGGAUAGUCCAGCCCAUAGUGGCAGAGGCCAACCCCAACAUAGUGGAGCCGCUACUGGGCCUCCUCAGGACCCUGCAUCUGGAGGUGCAGUAUGAAGCUAUCGAGCUGAUCAAGGACCUGAUGUCUUACGAGGUGCAGAAGCUGAUCCUCAAACGUCUUGUGGAGCUUCUUAAGGCUACACUGGACGAGACGGUCAGGAGACCUCAGAUCUUAGAAGACGCAGAUGUGGAGAAGAUGUCCGCCCCCCUCCCAGUGUUUGUACAGCAAGCUGCAGCAGCGAAGACCAUCGGAGUUUUAUGCAGGGAGUCAGAUGAAACAGCAGACAAACUCAUUCAGAUGAGGGUUGUGCACAACUUGAUGGUUGCUAUGGGGAACUCCGCCCAUGCCGACAGCCAGAGACAAGGCAGCGUUACACUGGAGUACUUGUGCAGAACCUUCCCCAUCGUGAAUGAGACCUGCAGAGAUGCUAUGGGGGAGAACCUCUAUGUCAUGUUCAUGUCCAACCCUGAUAGUCUAUACUCAGAGAUGGACGCCAUCCAGUGUGACGUCCUCAGGUCAAACAAGGUCAACAUUCCUGGAUUGGCAGAAGCUGCAGAUUAGGGAAGGCUCUCAGCAAGACAGACUCUCACAUGAUGGAACUGCCCCCCUCCCUCCUCUUCUACUCAUAGAGGUGACCAUAAAGCUCUCCUACAUCAUUCUGCAUGAGAGAAACUUGCUGGUGCAGAGAUAUGCAUUUUUCACAGUACUGAAGGGAGAUUGAUAAUGUAUUCAUUAAGUGUAUAUACUGGACUUUGCAAUUGUAGAGUGGAAAACAUGGUUGUACAAAAUUUUUUUAACACUAUAACAUUAAAGAUAUAAGAAUGGUAAACUUCAAUAUAUUUGCUUCCUCAAAACAAGUUAUUCAAACUUGACCCUUGUCCACGUUGUUGGACAUGGUGAAAACAUUAAGGGACCAAAAAGUAUCUCUGUCAUCCUUGAGUUAGAGUUUUUUUCUUUCUGAAGCGCAAAACAUGAAGAGAAAGAUUUUGUCUUCAAAAUAUUUAACAAUGUAAAAUAUUGAAGAGGAUUUGGUUCUCGUACUGCACCUUACAGACUCUCUCCGGUAAGCUUCGCAAACAAAGAUGAUCUGGAUCAUCUGACCAACUACAUAUAUUCUUAAAACAUUUCAACAAGUUGUAACGGUAUGAUAUAUUUGUUUGAACAUUUCAUAGGUUAUACUACAAGUAAAUGUAUAAAAUAAAUUUGUUGUGUCAAAAUGUC